AUGGCAGCGUCCAGCGACCCAAGUCUGGUCGUCAUUCACAAUGGCGAUCGUAGAGUUUUUAGCGUGCCAUCCCAGAAACAACUAGCGCAGCUCGCAGCGAACGGGAAAACAACAGCCGCUGGCAGCGCUGCAUUCCUCCGCUCCAUUAUCGAGUCUUUCAACGUGAGCGCUAAUCAUUACCAGCUGCAACACUAUCGCUCCAAAGCUCGCUUGCAGAGCGAUGAGCAGCUCCGACGGGUUGCCGCUGGAGCACAUGACAGUGGAGGCGAAACUCUGGUGUGUAAUUUAGUCAGGAAGAGCGGAAUGUCCGAAGGCGCUGAUCGUAGUGGCUCGGUGGAGGACAGGCUUAUGGAGAGGACCGGUAGAGGCGACGGCCCGCGUCGCAUACACAUACGACGGCAAGAGCGUGGAGGAUUUGGCUUCACCUUGCGCUAUUUCGUCGUCCAUCCGCCAGCGAAUAUGCAGGGCGAGCGCUCAGACGCCAUGGACACGAUAUUCGUGAAACAGCUGGUCUCUGGAGGACCUGGCGAGCUGGCUGGACUGCAAGUUGGCGAUCGUUUGGAACGCGUGAAUGGAGUGAGUGUGGCGGAGAAAACCUACCAGGACGUGAUAGAUAUGAUCAAGAGUAGUGGCAGUGAGUUGACACUGCUUGUGACCCCCAGCGAGGACGAUCACAUUCAGACGGCGUUCAAGACGGACGCGUACGGCAAGGACGGCGAGAACACGGUGCAUUCGUCGCGCACGCUCGCGCAGACGCAGGACUUCAACAGCGGUACGUCGCUGGCCGACUACGCCAGUCCACUUGGCGCCGAGCAGCCAUUCCUGCGCUCCGCCAUCCGCAACAACAAGAUCUCACCGUCACUCAACCAGCACAGACGUGUACGCGGCCCAGGGAGCGGGUCGUCGAGCAGUCUCACGCAGGCGCAAGACUUGCUGCAAAACUUGCAGCAGCAGCGGCACGGUGACUCUCGGUCUGGCUCACGGACGUCACUCGACGAAUCUCAGCCAAGUCCCGCAUCUCGGAAAAACGCCUCGACCAGCUCUAUGCCCGGCUAUGAGCCGAGCGCAACCAGACGAUCGUCGGAGAGCUUGGAUGACGGUCGACGUCCUCACAACGGUGGCAUGGGUCACAAGAAGAACAAGAUAGAGAAUGGCUACUCUCCCAGUACGGGACACCAUCAUGCCUAUCGGCAGAACAGCGCAGAGCACACGGACACAGUCGACUCCAGUGCCUACUUACCAGGUAGCAGCAGUAGCAUGUACUCGGGCGGUAACCAAGCAGUCACCUCUCGUAGUGAAGGCAAGUUGCAUGAACGCGACAGAUCCUCUCAGCAGACAGGCACAGUACGGUCAGCGGACAUACCGGCCUUCCUAAAAGGCCCUCGGCAAGCACAGGCCAGAGAACUGAGACCAAGCUCCGACGAGAAAUCUAGAUCUAUGGAGAAUCUCGGCCAGGCAGAUGACGCCUGGCAGAAGUCCUCGUCUCUGCCACAAACUGCUGCUGUUGCUACUCGCGUGUCCAGUGAUAGGUCAGCAACUGGUGUUGAAGAGCGGCGACACCCAGUUGCGCAGUCGCGCAGUAUGGGCGACUUCCACCUGGGCGCAGCUCGACGGUUAGGCAGUGGCGGAGACGCAUCCUCUCCGUCACCUCCCAUCCACUACAGUGCAUCACAGGAGGAAGAGGACUGGCGCCGCAAGCUGGACAUCAGCGCGGAUAAUCCCGUCACCACCAUUACGGCCACCUACGCCGUGAAGGCGAGGCAGCAACGGCGUGGCGGCGGCGGAGAGAAUCGCGUCCAGGUGGGCCCGACCGCUACCAAUCCGCCGUGGGUGCGCAGCAGGACAACAUUGUCAGGGCUAGGAGCGCCGUCGUCCGGUACACCACCAUCGCAACACCAACGCUCACUGAGUUCUACUCAAGCGCCGCUGGAUGUUGACCGGCAUCUGUUGCAAUCGGCACAGGCCGCCAAGGCAAACUCAUUGCCGCGCAGUUCAACACCACCAACUACCAAGCAAGGCUGGACAAAAUCGGAGGAGGGUAAAGCGAAGACAUCCAUGCUGUCUAAGUCGAUGCCACACAAGCUUGGUAUGCCACUCGAUGAGUCUGAAGACGAUGAUGAUGAGGACGAGGAAGAAAUUGAGCUAGAGGAUGGCAUCGCAUCACCACGCAGCCGACUAUCGCUCAGUGCUCCAUCUUCUCCCGUCAACACCAGAAAGCGCAAACUGAGACCAAAGAGUGAUGUAGACGAUGAUGGCGAUGAAGGAAAGGACCAGCGCAAUGAUCGCCGCAGCUCCUGGUUCCGCCUCAACCGCAGUCGCAGUAAGAGCCGUGAGAGAAGCAGGCGCGAAGACCCAACUGAUCUAAAGUGCACAGCAGCGGCAUACCUCAGCAAGAAGCAAGUGCUCCUGCCUGGGGGCAAGAAGUCACAUGACCGCUCCUGGCGAACAGUCUACACAAUUCUGCACGGGGCUAACAUAACAUUCUACAAAGAAGAGAUGGGUGUGUCGGCAACCCAAGGAUCCAUCGACAUUGCUGACCAGAGCAUUGACAUCCGUGGUUGUAUGGUCGAUAUCGCGCAUGAUUAUCGCAAGCGCCAGAACGUGUUUCGGAUACGAACGGUGGACAAGGCGGAGUACCUGCUGCAGGCGAAGGACUUUGAGACUUCGGUGAAAUGGAUUAAACACAUUAGAAGCGCUGGCCCGUCGCCUGGCAGUGAAGUGGUUGAUGGCAGCGAGUUGUCCAAUCAGCCGCUGAUCUUGAAGCAGAUUGCACUCCGCACCAGCAGCACCGACAGGCCAGAUUCCGGUGACGACGAAGGACCCAUCAAACUAACGCUCGCCCAAAGACUGGCACCAUCGCCGGGCACCCGGCGGAGGGCCAAGAAAGAAGAGCUGGGCAAAAUCCGAUUCUUGUUCAAGCGAAAGAACUCUCUGGCAAGUGACGACAGGACGUUCGGUGUGCCACUUGGCUUCUGUCCUCGUUCCAGCCGACUUCGCUACAUACCGCUCAUCAUUGAAAAGUGUCUCCAAGCGGUCGAGGCAAGGGGAAUGGAUGUUGUUGGCAUCUAUCGUGUGCCAGGAACCAAAGCAGCUGUGGACAACCUUGUCAAGGAUAUGGAUCUGCGACUGAGCGAAAUGGAUCUCAACGACGGCAACAAGUUGGACAUCAGCGUCAUCAGCAGCACGGUAAAGCAGUACUUCAGACAGUUGCCAGAUUCGUUGCUGACGUUUGAGGGCUACCACAGUAUGGUGCGUGCAUGCCGUAUCACUGACCCAGAAGAGCGACUCAACCAGUUGCAGCAGCUCGUUGGAAAUCUUCCUGCCGUCAACUUCAAUACGCUGCACUACCUGAUACGCCACCUGCGGCGGAUAUCGGCAAAUUCCGGCGAGAACAAGAUGGAAAUAAAAAACCUGGCAAUCGUCUUUGGACCGACACUGGUGCGUGCAGCCAACGAUGACACACACCUCAUGGUCACUGAUAUGGGCGAGCAAUGUAGGAUUGUAGAGGCAUUGUUGUCUAAUGUGGAUGUGUUCUUUCCCCCUGAUGGAGAGUUUGACCAUCACCCAACACUAGCAGGUAGUCCUCCACCAGAGAUCAUACUGGACGAUUCAUCGCCGCAGUCCAUGGAGCCUGAAGCAGACCGAGCAACAUCAGCAUCUCCCCCAUCGGUGGAGUCUAAGCCGUCGACUGGCGGCAAAGAGGAGACCAAUCGCGCUACUUCGCCGUCUGUUCCGCACGCACCAUUCUUUGUAGCCCGUCCUCAGCUCCCCAAGCAAGACGCAGCCCAGUCCAUGGAUGAUCCAGUCGACGUGUCUCCAACGCAAGCCACACCCCGGCAUAUCUCAGCAGCGGAAGCAGCAGAAAUUAACAUGGCCAUUCGACCCAGAGAUGUGUACAACGUAGAUGCAGAGCAGCCGACUGAAGAGAGUGUUGUCCUGGAGAAGACAGCCGCCGCUAAGUCACGUGACAAGUCCCGCACACAGGUAGCUCAGAUGAAGCAGGAGGUCGUGAAUAGGUGGGUGUCUCUGCACCAGUGGGACUACGACAAACGACACGGCGAGGAUAGCGGCAGUGACAGUGCGCAGGAACCCAAUGAGUGGAAUCCCAGUCCAGAGCCGCUCGACCCGGAUCAGGAAGCGCAGGCGGCGAAGGUCAUGCAGCGUGGCAUACGACGAGGAUCACUGCGGCAGCCCAGUAUGGAUAAUGACCUUGGUGCCGAACAGGGCGAAAUACAACAGGUUGUGCCAAACGAGGACCUGCCAGUGGAUCAGAUACGACGCACAGCUUCUGACAGUAAUCGGAGGCGUCCCAGAAACAUGGCAGAAGCGUCUGCAGCACAUCGCGUCAGCUACUAUCGAGCUGUGAACGAGGGUGCCAUGAACAUACCGCGCUCCAAGCAGCAGGUAGAUGGUGGACAGGCAGCAGCAGCACGGCAGAGCUUUCCUGAAUCCCCUCUAGACUACAUGGAUCCAGCACUUCCUCAGGGUGACCACGAACAUCCAUUAGUUGAAGCACAGCAAAAACAAAUGUACCAGCAGCAGCACCAACAUCAGCAGCAGCACCAACAACAUCAUCAGCAUCAACAGCAUCAACAGCAACACCCGCAUCAAUACCAACAACGGCAGCAACACCGAACAGAAGAUCCACGGAUAGCAGCAGGUGCUGACGGUGGGUCUCCCAGGAGACGUAUGCAACCUCAGCAGCAAGACGCUCCCAGCCCGUAUACCCCUGCCGCCACAGCCACGGCUCACCAUCUGCAGCGCAAAAGGUCUGGUGACAGGGGCCUACCGCUUGCUGUUGAUGAGACACAAGCCACUAUUCUGUGAGUUGAAACGCAAGACAAUCAGUCGUGUGUCCUUCAGACAUGCAUCGUACUUGUGUGGUCAACUCCACACGACAGACUUCACCACCAACAUGGCUACGUCAAUGUAAAAGAAUUCAGUCCGGAUGUGCAAAAUAUAAUUAUGAUACUAUAGCCGACAGCUAAACUUUCAGUAAGUUAAAAUAUCAGUUGGAAACAGCACACGCGCCUUCUAUAGAAGUAUUUCUCAAAUUUGAAAUCCAAGAUUGCAUGUACAUCAGAAAGCUUGCACUAUGUGGCCCCAACAGUGCACAGAGAAGAUGACACGUAGUAGUUCAGUCAGGUAAGACAUUGACAGGCAUGUCAGAUUCUUUUCAUGUUAUAGAAAGGCGACGUGAGCCCUAACACAGAGAUGCCAUUGUUUGCCAAGACAACUUUGAUGUCCGAUGAACUUACUUAUUCGUGCAACUAACGUGUUACUUGAGCAGUGUGGCGUGCCAUGGUUGCAGCCGCUAGGAUUUCAUUUUUUUAAACUUUUCAUUUAUGCGCAGUGCAUUAUAUAAUCUCAGUUGAGAGAAUCUACUUAGUACUUAUUUCCUCCUUUCUGAUAACACAAUUGUUGACCAUUGA